UAAAAGCAAUUAUUCUAACGAAUGUUUAACUGUCAUGUGCAAAUAAAUCAGUUAUAUAUCUUUUAAUUUACUUUUACUUUAUAAUUCCAUGUUUGUUACACAGUAUUUUUUUGGUUUGUAUUUGAGACUACAGUAUAAAUAUGCAUGUCAAAGGUCAACUGAGGCUCUCUGCUCACUGUGUCUCCUGUGUGUGAUGAAAAAUACGGAAAAUACGCAGCCAAAUAGCAUAGCCUAAGAAGGGGGUAGUGCAUGGUCGUAUAUUAUUUCAUAGCAUAGGAAGGCUUUACCGAAAUUUGAAAAAAUCAAAAUGAGUGAUGAUCUUGAAACAGACACUCUUUUGACAAACACUGGAACAGGAACAAUUACUAGCAAUGACUACGCUAAACUCAAAUCCAAGUGUAGGCAGCUUGAAUUGGAAAACCAACAGUUGACAUUUGAGCGUGAUUUCUGGAAAAAAAAAGUCAGUUGUCAUGAAAGUGUCGAGAAAUUGACCAUAGAACUAAAAGAAUUAACUCUUCAUUCCGAUAGCAGCCAACAAAACAAAACAAACCAAGUAUUAAGACAACAGUUUAGCACUGAUGGACAUAACUCGUUUCAAAGCCACUCACAUCACAGUCAGGCCACCGGUGUGGAUAAAAGUGAAGUCAGCCUACCAUGUUCAUCACAAGGUUAUCCACCAGCAUCGGCCCAGAAUUCCCUCUCUGCUGGUGUUACCCAGAAAUCUGAUGGACAUGACUCGUUUCAAAGUGACCAAUAUCACAGUCAGGUCACCCUGGGGUAUACCAAAGAUGUCAGCCUACCAUGUUCACCAGAAGCUUAUCCGCCAGCUUCGGCCCAGAAUUCCUUCUCUACCAAUGCUAGUGUUACCCAAAAAUCCAAAAAUCAAACACAGCCCAUACCCGAGGAGCCACCCCAACUUCAACAGCCAGGCCAACUUCAACAGUCACAGGAUGAAACCAAGGGUGAAAUGGUUCUAGCAGGAGGUGGAGGAGUUGGAGGAUUUCACUUAGAUAAGCCGGGGAUGCUGACCUCAUUUCAACCUCAAGAGACACCAACUCAGGGGACCCCAACUCAAGUGACCUCACGUCAUGGUAAUACUGCUGUUGUUCCUGCCCAUAAUGAUAAUCCUGCUGUUGCCUCUGUUUCUCGCAAAAGAAACCGACGAUCAAUACAAGAGGAAACGAUUACUGAUGAAAUGAUAAUCUACAUCGAAGGUAAGGUGAUAAUAGAAAGGAAGGAUUUGGCCAGAAAACUUGGAUUACCCGAUUGUGAAAUUGAUGAAAUUGAGGUAAACUAUCGCAAUGACGGUGUAAGGGAAAUUGUGCAUCAAUUACUGAAAAAGUGGAGACAAGUUAAAGGAAUCUGUGCUACUGUAGGUGCCAUGCUGAAAGCAUUAAAUGAAAUUAAACGCAAAGACCUGUUCGAUAAAUUUUGUGAUGAAUUUCAUAUAAAAAGCAACACUUCUGAUGAAGACAUACCUGAUGAGGAGCAAAGUGCGAGUGCUGUGCCGCAUGACACCAAGUUGCAACAAAUUGUUGCAAUGAUGCCUAUUCAAGUCGACUCCGAACAUGACAUCGCACGUUGUGUGGUCCCAAGCAUCAAAAAUCUUCAUCAAAAAAGUGAACCUGCACCACUGUCAAAUUUCGACUCCUUCUUCUCUGACUUCAUGCUGGAUCCAUCGACUAAGGGUAAGAAACAGUUCAGAAAAGAUUUGGAUAAAAAGAAGAAUUUAAAGAGGGAUGAAACCAAACAAAUUGCAUCCGAAAUGGAGUGGGAUUCUGAACAGUCAGAUAAGUUUGAUUUAGAGGUAAAAGCUAACUUAAAAGUGUCAAAUGUUCUUGAGAAAUGGGCUGGUAUUCUUUUGAAUGAGAACCCACACUUGACAAGGACCGAAAAGAGGGAGCAUAUUCAAGAGAUGGUACGUAGUCUGCGUGGUGAGAAGGAUGGAAGAGAAGACGUUAUUGGUGAAAUGCGCAAACAUCUUCUUGCUGGCACUGUUGGCACACAAGCAGAUCCGACUACCCAGUAUACAGAUUUACCAUAUGGUAUGCGCUACAGACUUGUCUUGGAACUUAACAUGCUUGACCCCAAAAAUGGAGGUGGGUGUAGUCUUGUAGCUGAACGCCUUGGCAUUGAAAACAACUUGAUAAGAUACUUGACAACUCGGCCUGAGCCUGGACAUCAGGUUCUACGCUCAUGGGAGACGCAAGCUGAUGCCACUGUGGGAAAGCUUUAUGAAGUUUUAAUUGAUUGCAAUGCAAUGAAAGCUGUGGCUGUACUUGAAUAAGAGACAACACUUGGCCAGAUUUCUUUUUUGUUUUUUUGGUAGCCCAGGUGUGGUGUAACACAACAUGACAUUACCAUGUCCCCUGCCUUGCCCACCCCUCACGAUUACGAUUACAACUAUUGAUCUGAGCGUUAGGCCAACAGGUAAUGUUCGUGCUUCUUGUGCUUAAGACCCCGGUUCGAAUCCAAAACAACAUCGGAUUUUAAUUAAAGUCUCCUCGAAUAAGCCUUGCAUGAGCGGUAGUCAAGGCAGGGAAAAUGGUAAUGGCGCCGUAUUAUGACUGCCGUGGGUGUCCAGGGGCCUAGCCGCAAUGUCUAAUUCCAAACUUGGAAUAACGACAAAAAAUUUAAAAAAUAACUGAGUGCUUCCCAUAGCUAAGCUAUAGUUUACAUACCCUUUUCACAUAACUUAACAGCAUUGUAACAUUGUAUCUUUAUUUUUGCAUAAAUUUAUGUUGAUAUUAAUUAUUCAUAGAAUAACUAAUAUUUGGCAAGUUUUUGUGUUUGUAUUUGGUUUUUAAUUGGAAAUAAGUAGGUUCUGAUUCAUCAGCUAUAAAAGAUAUGAUAAACUGUGGCUAGCUGUGGAAGUACUCAGCCGUAAUGACCACUUGAUAGCUGCUCAGUAACAAAGGUACCAAAUCUCCCACAAGUCGGGACAGCCUACAGCACUACCACAAAUUUAUAAUAUUUGCAUGAUUUCACGACUGUGUUUUUCAGUUGUCUCACAGAAGUUAGUGCUGAUUGAUAUCACCAUGCACUUCAAAAUAUCGGCGACUGCCAUUUAAUAACUAUUUUUAAUGUUUUCAUUUAUUUUACAUUUACACAGAUUGUAUAAGUCCAUUUUCAUCCAACAACAGUAGGCACUCUAUACCAUGUCUACAGUAGUAUGCAAGCUACUGUGUAGAUAUGGGUAAAUAUAUCUAAGUACAAACCUAUAGGCUGACACAAUAUAAAGUAACUUAAAAUUUAUUAUUUUAUAUUGUUUUGUAAGUGUGUAAUAAGCUUACUACAUCACUUAACAGAAAAACAAUUCAGUUUCAUUGGUUUAAAGAUUUUAAUAUUAAAAAAAUUUGUAAACAUGCUGUUAUAUAUGUAGCUGUAGUCUCAACUCAUGGUACUAACAGAUCAAGACUACAAUUCCUUUAUAAUUGUAUAACAAAGUUGUGUUUAUUCAUUUGUCAUCUAUCAUCAUGGCGAUGAUACUACAUACCAACAAGGUGUUCUUCACAUGUUAGUUACUACAUCGCAUAUACAGGUCACAUAGAGGUCAUCUUAUGAUAAAUCACAAGUUAUCACACUUACCAAUAAUUUUAGAAUGUUUUUCUGUAGCUCUCAUGUUACUUAUAUAACUUUGAAUUUGCAUAUUGCUUCAUAGUACUUAUACUGUAUGUAUACUACAUUAUAUGUAGUAUAAUGCAUAAUUAUCAAAUAAGAUAUCCACUUCAAUUAGAGAAACAAUUUAGUUUUACUGAUUUAUAGUCAUUUUACUAUUAAAAUGCUUAAAUUGUCUUUCACCCAAUUUAAUGGUGUAUGCAAAGAAUAAUCGGAAUGGAAUUAUGUUGUUGUCAAGGAAAAUAUUUGUUGAUAGAAUUUAAAUAAUUAGUGUACAAAACUAUUACUGAAUUUUAUUCUUUAUCAAGUUCAUUGAAUUAUUAAUUGGUAUUGUUUAUUAUAAUUCCCUAAUUUGAUUGGUAGGCCCUUUGGCUUCUAAAACCACAUUUUAGGGAAGUUUUUUUUUCUAGAUGUUAUGUGAUGUUGUAAAUAUUUAAGUCUGUGAUAUAAUAGGUUUAUUUUUAUUCAAGUGCAAUUCCCUGUUUAUAUCAUAACUAUGUGUAUAAUGCUUUCUAAAAGUAAUCAUGUGCACCUAGAUAUAAAUAAGGUAAUGCACUGCAUCAGACGCAGUCACAAGACAAGAGAGGGCAGGAUGUUGACAUUUUAACUGGCAUAGAAUGGUGAAUUCAAGUUCACAGGAAUUAUGAAGCUAACUCAUUGAUUCAUUAAUCAAACAUAGUAGAACAUUUUAAAGAUAGCAAGUAUAAGGCCAGAAACCUGUAUGUAUUAAUAUUUUGAGUGUCUGGCAAUGCUUGGCCUAGGAUCACACAAGUUUCCAUUUUUUUAUUAUAACAUAUUUUGCGUAGUCUUCAUAUUUUAAGCAUUAGAUAUGUUUCAUUAACCAUUUUAGGGAUGAAUGCGAUCCAUAUGAUCUGAAAACUACAGUAUUGUUUUUUUUUUAUAUAGCAAUUAACUAUUUUUGUUUUCUUUUGUUGAGGCUUGCAAUGAAUUUGUCCAAUGUUUAUAUAUUAAUUUUGAAAUUUCUUCUUGAUGCUAGGAGACUAAAUAUGGACAUGUAAAUCAUGUAUUCUGAAGUUGGUGAAUUUGAUUUAAAAAAAAAAGUUACAAAUAAACUUGUAUAUAAAUCUUGAA